AUGGAUCAUCAUAUUUCGGCUCCGCUUCAACCUGUCGUCUGUCGCACCGAGCCGCACCAUAUGGUCCGCUUUAAGGGAGAUGAUUUUUCACCAUGGCUUCGAUCUACGAAGGAGGGCGUGAACAUCGAGCCGGCGCCGCCGUCCUUGCCGUGCACGGCAGCGCUGGCCACCGCCAUAGUUUCAGCACUCUUCCAGGCCCGGUCGAGCCCAGGCGAGAGAUAUCUCGAGAUGGGCGUGGACAUCGAGCAGCCGUCUCUAUCACCGCACGCAUUGGUUCUGGUGGUGUCAAACUCGAACAAAUUGUUGGCGGCCUCGAACUCUGGCAAGACAAUGCGAAUCGGAAGCCGAAGUAUUCGAGGAAUCGCUAUCAUGCUGUCGCAGACACGCAAGAAUGGAUGGAGACGGGAGCAGAAAGUCCUUAUAGAUGUCCGAGGUGAGUUUGUUGCUUAUGAGCGAGUGUGUAUUUGCCGCGAGUGGCUUUUCACUUUUUACCUGAGCAAUGUACGGAUUAAUGAGAUCAUGACAGGCUCGGUUGACACGAGAUCAGUAGUUUCUAGAAUGACACUUGCUCUGCUAGAAGAUAGCGGGUGGUAUCGAGCUAAUUACAGCAUGGCUGACCAUCUUGAGUGGGGCCGUAAUCAGGGGACUGAAUUCUUCACGUCUCCUUGCAACCAAUGGAAAGGAGCUUACCAUAGCAACUCGACUCAGUUUUCCGGGUGUACGUAUAAUAGGGAGCCUGAGGGCUACUGCCCUAUAGUGAGCUACAAUGGAGAUCUUCCUCAGUGGGCCCAAUAUUUUCCUCAACCUAAGAAAGGUGGGCAGUCAUCAUUGGCUGAUUACUGCACUUAUUUUCUAGCCUAUUCUGAUGGUUCAUGCACGGACAUUAAUAGUGCUAGGGCACCCAACAUGAUGCUAGGUGAAGUACGAGGAAGUGAUUCAAGGUGCAUGGCUUCAUCAUUAGUACGUAGCGGGUUUGUAAGAGGAUCUACUACGCAAGGGAAUGGUUGUUAUCAACACAGGUGUCUAAACAACUCACUUGAGUUUAAUGGUGAUUGCAUUAACGGAAAAUGCUACUGCUUUUUAGGGUUCGAGGGCGAAGACUGUAGCAAGCGUUCUUGCCCGAACAACUGUAGUGGCCACGGCAAGUGCCUCGAAGAUGGUGUUUGUGGCUAUGAAAAUGGAUACACGGGCAUCGACUGCUCAACAGUCGUUUGUGACGAGCAUUGUAGCCUACAUGGCGGUGUGUGCGACAAUGGGGUUUGUGAGUUCCCGUGCUCGGACUAUGCCGGAUACAGCUGCCUCAACACCUCAACAGUUAUCUUUCCGUCACUCUCUGUCUGCCGGGAAGUCCUCCAGGCUCCCGGAAAAAAAUUGUGCUCCGGCAGACCCCACCUUUCUUUCUCUGUUUUCACGGUUCUCGACGCAACUAACAAUGAGCUCUGGGGCCCUCAUGGGUCACUUCUAGCCGAUAUUGCUAAUGCGACGCGAAAUAGUAAGUUUGGAUCAAUUCAAUGUGUAGACUCUUCCAUGAUCCCCACUUUAUUUCUUUUGUUUGGAAAAGUUACUAAUUUGUGA